AUGGCGACUUGUACGGCAGCAGUGCUGACCCCAAUUCGAUGUUUCUUUUUUGUUUUUUUGAGAACUCGAACUUGUACAGACUUGACAACACGGAGACGUGUUUCAAGUUGCCCUGUUGUGUGCGACAAGCAAGGUCGCAUCCUUCUCGUGGGGCUGAAUCGGCCCGAGAAGCGCAACUGCCUCAAUGCAGCAGCUGCGCACCAACUUCUCGAGGCCUUCCGCGAGUUUGAUCGUGAUGACAGCGUUGAUGUGGCUGUGCUUCAUGGCAAAGGUGGCAGCUUCUGUGCCGGCUAUGACCUGUCAGAACUUGCAGAGGACAACCCAGACGACUGGCCUGAGUGCGUUCCUGAGACAAGGAAGCCAACGGUGGCCGCGGUGACUGGCUAUGCAGUUGGUGCAGGCCUGGAGUUGGCCCUGUGGUGUGAUUUGCGAGUAGUCGAUGAGACAGCUGUCAUGGGCCUCUUUGGACGGCGAUUUGGAGUGCCGUUAAUGGCCGGAGGUUCAGCGCGCCUACCCGCCCUGAUUGGCCUGUCACGGGCUCUGGACCUCAUUCUGACUGGGCGACCAAUCUCGGCUAAGGAAGCCCACGAGAUCGGCCUUGCAAACCGCGUUGUCUCCUGUGGAACUGCCCUAGGCCAAGCCAUCAGUCUGGCAGGCAGCAUCGUCAAGUUCCCACAGGGCUGUGUACAGGCUGACAGGGCAGCCGUCUACAAUGCCAGCUUCUACAGCCGAGACCUGUCCGAGGCCCUGGCCUUUGAGCGGGAGACGGCACGCAGGGUGCUUCACUCCGAGGCUGUUCAAGGGGCAAGGCGGUUCCUCUCUGGUGUUGGCCGGCACGGCAGCUUCAACCUUUUGCGUUCAUCCAAUGAUCCAGCAGCCAAGUCAUGACAGCUGUGCAUUCACCUCAUAGGAGAUAAUGUCAGAGUACGUCACGUGAGCAAGAACUUGAAAGCUCGCUGCAGGCAGUGAGGAGAUGCAAAAAUGAGCUCUCCAUGUUAUACUCCACUUCACACUUAGUGCAAAAUGCAGCAGAACCGACGCAAGUAGUGCAGCCCUACAAGUCUCCCUUCCUGCGUUUCAUAGUGCAGCGUCUUUAAAUCUGGGACAUUUUCUACAAAAUAGCCACAUCAUAUUAAGUAGAACUCAUGGACAUAAGUUUACGUCAUUUUAUGUACUUUGUGCGCCUUUGUCUGCCCCCACUUACUUUGUGCGCCUUUGUCUGCCCCCACUAUGUGGCAUACAUAGAGUGUCUUACAAUAUUACCUAGAGGGAAAUCUGGCACCACCGUCUAUGCGAGCUUCCUAGUGGGCGCUGUGCCGCCUUGAAACUCUCGGGAUGUGGGUGUGCGAGGCUUUGUAUCGAAUGUGGCUUGCCCUAAAACAUGGUCACGGCUGCACAGAUAAAGCUUUCUUAGAGCAAAAUCUUCAGAAAAUAAAGUUUCAAUAAGUGGUGCAAAGACUGGGAAAACAGCAAAGAUGGCGACCCCACCUAGCUUUAUCUCAGUUUGGCCAAGUUUUUGCGAGGUUAUGCUUUGAGAUUCUGCCACGUUUUGCACAAGAUCACCCCGGAAUCAUCGACAGCGCAAGGAGCAACGAACACUCGG